AUGACGGAGAAAACUGCGCCCUGGUGGAGGUCCUUCGUGGGCAAGAGAAGAAAAGCGGCCAGAGAAUCGGCAGCGAUACUGGAACAGGACCUCCGAAAUCCGCCAGUGGCGGGAUCCACACAGCACCCCACCGACCAGGGCCAACGGAUCAAUUCACAUUCGAAAGAAGGAGGAAACUGCUUACCAAGUGAUGAAACAUACGACGACUCCGCCGUUCAGCCAACUUUCAGCGAGAGCUCAAACCGCCGCGUGCUCAGCGUGUCCCGUUCGGGUCGCUUCAAAGAGAAGCGUAGGACGCGCGUGAGUCUGCCGCAGAACAGUGACGAGGGGACACCUGCAGCACCCAAAACAACCGACAGCCAAUCAAAGCGCUGAUUAAACCGAACAACAACAAAUGGGAUUUUUAUCCGAUGGUAGAGCUAGAACACUAUGAAACGGCACUAGCUCAAAAUGAAGUCGAAAUUUUUGCCUGAUGAAUGCACUUAUUUAAUAUUGGGGGAUAGCUUUGAGUAAUGAGUUGGGAGCUCAUUAUUUGAACAUGGUUCAAUUAACUAGGCUACCCAAAAGCUGGACAUUCUUGAAUUUCAUUCGGAAUAUUUUUUGUGAAGGAGACAUUUUUAAAGUUUUGUCAUGUACAUCAUUUGCACUGUACACGUUUAUGUUUGUUUUGUGGUGUUACAUGCUCUGUUUUAUGAAGGACUUUUAAAUUAGAA